CACCUUCCCUAUUUAUCUUUGUUUCCAUUUAUAUACCACCUUCCUCCUCACCUUUGGGGCACCUUAGCUUCCCUCAGCUCUCUCUUUCUUUCCCUCAUUUCUUGACUCCUCAUCUUUCUUGUGCUCAAAGAAAUCCACAAUCCCAACCUCGUCUCUCUUUCUUUCAUGUAAUUCGAUUCUCUGGUCUCGAAUACUUUGAAACUUUAGCUGAAAUCAUCAUCAUCAUCAUCAUGAGCUGCAACGGCUGCCGAGUUCUCCGCAAGGGCUGCAGCGAGUCCUGCAUCUUACGUCCUUGCCUCCAGUGGAUCGAGACCCCAGAAGCUCAGGGACACGCCACCGUCUUCGUCGCCAAGUUCUUCGGCCGCGCCGGCCUCAUGUCCUUCAUCUCCGCCGUCCCUGAGUCCCAGCGACCCGUUCUGUUUCAAUCUCUAUUGUUCGAGGCUUGCGGUCGUACGAUCAACCCGGUCAACGGCGCGGUGGGGCUGCUUUGGACAGGGAACUGGCAGGUCUGCCAGGCCGCGGUGGAGACUGUUCUUCGCGGCGGGACUCUGCGGCCGAUUCCCGAGCUGGUUUCGGGUUCCGAGUCUGGUUUGACACCCGACGAGGCUUCCGAGGCUGGCGGGACCGUGUGUACAGACAUGUGGAGGUUCCGAGAUCCGACUCACAGCUCGGGCUGUUCUUCCCGGUUCACCAGCUCACGUUCUAAGGCCGCGUCUUGUUCUCCGACGACGAAGCGGAAGAGACCGGACGACGAGUCAUUCAAGGUGCAGCAUGCGGAUCUGGACCUCCGGUUGACUCCAACCCUCGCUUUCAGACCGAAGCCUAAACACGAGAGCCGACGACCCGGCUCGCCGUCUAUGAACUCUGAGGAGUCGGUGGUCACCACGUGCUUUGAGUCUUCUGGGUUUGCGGAGCAGUACCCGAACCCGAACCCGAACGGAGGAGUACUUGGGUCCGAGAUAAAGCUACUCAACCUGUUUCCUUGAAGCCCUUAAAGAAAAAUGGUUUAUUUGUUUCUUUCUUUUUUGUGAAUCUGACCUUCUCGUAGUGAUCAAUCCCAUGCAAUAUCCUCUUUCUUUCUUUUUCUGGGUUCUUUUUUUCAUCUUUACCGGACUCCAUAUCCGGCGAGUUUUGCUUAGUUGGCCGACGGCACAGGAUUUCUCUCUUUCUUCUUGAAGUUAUUAGGGAUCAAAGAGAGGAAGAUGAAGAGCUUCGUCGGUGGUUCUUUUGUUUACCUUCUAGCUUGUCUAUGAAUGAGUAGUAGAACGACCUUGUUUUUCUUGUGUGACAUGAAUAAUAGUAACUGCUAAUUAAUUUUGUCUUCCAUUCAGAGAAAA